GGUACAUAUGUAUAAGGAAAUUUUGACAUUGCAUUGUUCACUCCUCUUUCAUAUCAAUUGUGCUUCUCAUAUAGUCAAAUAAGUUUUUAUAUUCUCUUCAUUUUUUUUUGUUGAUCCAUUUGUUUUCGUAAUAAGUAUUGAAUGGAAGAUAAGAGAUAUUUUUUGUAUCAUAAACAUACCUCGGGGUAGUAUUGGUGGACGAAACGAUCAGAAGGCAGUGUGGAUGGCAAUUAGGGUGGAAUGAACGACAGGAAAUAAUUGGUAACAAUUUAACACCGCGGCUUCAUUAUUCCUUUGGCUUUAAUUUGGUUACAAAUUUCUUAAGGGGGAAAACGGAAGGUUGAAACUAAAAUAAUUAUUAACCAAGGGGAACCAUGAAAAAUACUUUUCAUAGAUGUCGUACAAUAUUUUUGAAGCGUCUGGCGCACCAAAAAAGGUUGCCUUCUGCAGUUCUGCGUUCUGCAACGGGACUAUUUAUCCUUUUCCCAUCUAAACUUGGUAUAGAAGUAGCUUGGCUGAAGGUAAGGAUGCAAGAAUUAUGUGUAUUACAAUGUUUACUCUCUACACUGAUGCAAAUGACUGUAAAUACAUCGGUACACCUUGUCUUCAGUCCCAGCGAGUCCAUAAUGAAUUACGCGGAGUCUGGUCAAUUCCGUCGGUGCGGUCGUAGUAGUUCAUAUUUUUACCUACUUUCUGUCAUUCGAUUCGCCGUGAAAAGCAUGAAGCUUCCACAUUUCCUGUCUAAGCCCUUUUUCCAGAAUGAAACCCUAUCUAUGUUAACGAACGCUGACUGCAAUGUAGUCAGUUCACUUUUUUUUAAUCUACUGAGUUCUGUAUUUUUUCUUUUUAUCCCGAUGCUAUUUUUACGUGAUGGUGGAUUGUUGUCUAGGACUACGAAUUUUUCAGACAUCUGCGUAGGUAGUCAUUGCAAGCACAACUCGGAACUAUUCCAAAAUAAUUUGAAUUUACACUCACCUUCAGUACCUUCACCAUCCAUGUCAUCUUCGGUGUACAAAGGAGAAAAAGAGCUGCUUUCUGUGUUUCAGAACUUGGGUUUUGAACUCCCCACCAUAGAGCAUGAAGAGAAGAAAACCGUGGAGUCGGCGAACCUGGAGCUACCACGUUUUGGCGUUCCCUGCAAUGGUACGAAGAACGUUUUUUUGAAGGGCAAGAAAGGGGAAUUAGUCCUGGCCACAGCAUUGGACAAGAGCACUAUUAAUUUCAAGCAAAUACAGACAUUAACGGGAACCAAAGAGCUGCGCUUUGCCCCACCUGAGGUAUUGAAGGAGAACUUGGCUGUCUUGCAAGGCUCUGUGACGCCCUUUGCGCUUGUGAAUAAUUUGGAAAAGAAAAAUAUUAUCGUGCUUCUGGACAAAACUAUGAUGGAAAGCAAGACCCCCUUUGUUCUACAUCCUUGUCGGAAUGAUAAAAGCACUUUGGUGAUGCCCGACCAGCUGAAGGCAUUUUUGAAUAAAAUCGACUAUCCUUUUAGGGUGGCCAGUCUCAACCGGAACGAUGUCCCGGAUGAGAAGAGCCCUGUUGUGGAGAAAUCUAUUCCCGAUAAGUACCCUACGCCUCCUCCGCAGCCGCAGGCGGGGGAUACGCAGCUUGGGAUCAGCAUCACUCGCGAAGAGAACUUCUCCGCAUGGUAUAUCGAAGUGAUCAGCAAAGGCGAGAUGAUCGAGUACUACGAUGUAUCCGGCUGUUAUAUUAUGCGCCCGUGGUCCUAUUUUGUUUGGAAGUCCGUUCAGCGUUUCCUGGGUUCUCUGAUUGAGAAUAUGGGUGUGGAGGAUUGCUACUUUCCCAUGUUCGUAUCGAAAUCAUCCCUGGAGCGUGAGAAGGAUCAUCUCGAAGGGUUUGCUCCAGAGGUGGCGUGGGUCACCAAGGCAGGGGAUACGGACCUGGAAAUGCCUAUAGCCAUUCGCCCAACCAGCGAGACGAUUAUGUAUUCCCACUAUGCGAAGUGGAUCCGAAGCCAUCGCGAUUUGCCCCUACGACUCAACAUGUGGAAUAAUGUCAUUCGCUGGGAAUUUUCCCACCCCACCCCAUUCAUUCGAACCCGAGAGUUUUUAUGGCAGGAGGGGCACUGCGCGUGGGCCACUGAGGAGGAGUGUGCGCGCGAGGUGUGGAUGAUGCUGGACAACUACGGCGCGGUGUACACCGACCUCAUGGCGAUACCUGUUAUAAAGGGCAUGAAAACCGAAAAGGAGAAAUUUGCAGGUGCCUUCUACACUACCACCGUGGAGACUUUCAUUGAGGGGGUCGGCCGUGGCUGUCAGGGUGGGACCAGUCAUCACUUGGGUCAGAACUUUGGGAAAAUAUUUGAUAUCCGCUUCCAAGACCCCAACAACACCGAAGGAGAACCAUUGGUUCCCUGGCAGAACAGCUGGGGAUUCACAACUCGCUCCAUCGGUGUGAUGGUGAUGGUGCAUUCUGAUAACCGUGGGCUGGUCAUGCCGCCGCAUGUGUCCUCUGUGCAGACAAUUAUCAUUCCCGUUGGCAUUACCAAAGACACUACGAAGGAGGAAAAGGAGCAGAUUUUGGGGGGCAGCAAGAAAUUGGAGGAGCAGCUCAAACGCUCUUCCAUUCGGGCAAAGGUGGAUUUACGUGAUAAUUACAGCCCUGGUUGGCGGUUUAACCACUGGGAGCUGAAGGGCGUCCCUGUGCGCAUCGAAUUUGGACCGAAGGAGCUGGCUGACAAUGUAUUAUCACUGGCUUUACGUUUCAAUGGUGAAAAGCGAAAGAUGGCCUGGGAUAAUGAGCUAGGCUCGAAUAUGAAGGAUCUGAUGAAUGAGAUUCACGACUCCAUGCUUGCGCGUGCCAUCCAGGUUCGCGAUGAUCACUUAUUUAAGAUCACAGACUGGAGCGAAUUCGUGCCGAUUCUCAACAAAAAGUGCAUCAUUCUAGCCCCCUGGUGUGGUUCUGAAGACUGUGAAGAUAGCGUGAAAAAGGACAGUGCUGAGGAGUCCAAACGGUUAUUGGCGCAGGAUGAUGUUCGCGAGGAUUCCAGGGCUCCUAGCAUGGGUGCAAAGAUUUUGUGCAUCCCGUGCGAGCAGCCUGACUCUGCCGAAAGUUUCAAGUGUAUAUGUAAGGGAUGUGAAGCUUCUGCUAAGAAAUGGGCAUUAUUUGGUCGUAGCUACUAG